AUGGCCAUUCAGUCACUCUUAGCCCUCACACUCACUGCACUACUAACACUAUUUGCACCAGCAGCUCUGGCCCAAAACUGCGGCUGCCAAGAGGGUUUUUGCUGCAGCCGCUGGGGGUACUGUGGCCAGGGCAACGACUAUUGCGGGCAGGGCUGCCAGUCGGGCCCGUGCAACGUGAGCCCUUCCAACGGCGGGUCGGUGUCUGAUAUCGUGACUGAUGCCUUCUUUAAUGGGAUUGCCGGUCAAGCUGACGGCAGCUGUGCAGGCAACGGGUUCUACACACGGGCCGCGUUUCUCGAGGCACUCGGAUCGUAUCCUCAGUUUGGGACCGUUGGAUCGCCUGAAGACUCCAGGCGUGAGAUCGCGGCCUUCUUCGCGCACGUCACGCAUGAGACCGGCCAUUUCUGCUACAUCGAGGAGAUCAACGGCGCAUCUAGAGACUAUUGCGACGAGACUAACACACAGUAUCCGUGCGCCUCCGGUAGGGCCUACUUUGGUCGUGGGCCAAUUCAACUGUCGUGGAAUUUCAACUACGGCCCAGCAGGCAACAGCAUUGGCUUCGAUGGGUUGAACAAUCCCGAGAUUGUGGCCACUGACCCAGUUAUAUCGUUCAGGACAGCCUUAUGGUAUUGGAUGAACCAUUGUCACGACCCAAUUAUUUCAGGAGAAGGAUUUGGGGCUACUAUUCGUGCCAUUAAUGGGCCGAUUGAGUGCGAUGGGGGAAACCCCGACACCGUGAGCUCGCGCGUUCGGUACUAUACACAGUACUGUGAUCAACUUCAAGUUGAUCCCGGUAACAAUCUAAGGUGCUAG